UUCUCAAGAACUAGCAAAGACUAAUUCUUUAUUUUUUGCAUAUAUAGUUACAAUAAAUUCCCCAAAUUUAACAACAAUCUUGUUCCACCAAUGGCCAAUGCUGUACUCUCUUCCAAUUUCUUGGGUUCCCAAAUCUUUGUUUCUCCUCCCACACCUAAAACCUCAAGGUAUUUCCAUCUUCACUCCAGAAGAAAGUAUAUAGUUCCUCAAUCAAUUCUCAGCAAAAAAUCCAAUUCAGAUAAUUUCAAGAAUGUUCCAUCUAAAGCUGCUAUAGCUGCUUUACUCUUCUCUUCAAUCACCCCACAAGCUUUUGCUCUUGAUAAUACAACCCCAGCAGCACCACCACAAGUGAUUGAAGCUGAAGCACCAAAACCUAGUGCCUCAAACUCAUUACCCUUUGCUCAAAAUAUCAUUUUGAAUGCUCCAAAGACUCAAGCGCAGCCUGCUUCUGACCUUCCUGAAGGUACUCAAUGGAGGUACAGUGAGUUCUUGAAUGCUGUGAAGAAGGGGAAAGUUGAAAGGGUUAGAUUUAGUAAAGACGGAAGUACCCUUCAGCUUACAGCUGUAGAUGGGCGUAGAGCUAAUGUAAUUGUGCCUAAUGACCCGGAUUUAAUCGAUAUUUUGGCGAUGAAUGGUGUUGAUAUAUCAGUUUCUGAAGGUGAAGGGGGUAAUGGGUUGUUUAGUGUUAUUGGGAACUUGUUGUUCCCUAUUAUUGCUUUUGCUGGGUUGUUUUUCCUUUUCAGGCGGUCUCAGGGCGGCCCAGGUGGGCCUGGAGGACUUGGCGGGCCGAUGGAUUUCGGCCGGUCUAAGUCCAAGUUUCAGGAGGUGCCUGAAACUGGAGUGACUUUUGCUGAUGUUGCUGGUGCUGAUCAAGCUAAAUUGGAGUUACAGGAAGUGGUUGAUUUCUUGAAAAAUCCUGAUAAGUAUACUGCUUUAGGUGCUAAGAUACCAAAAGGGUGUCUUUUAGUUGGUCCACCAGGUACUGGAAAGACCCUUUUAGCUAGAGCAGUAGCUGGUGAGGCUGGUGUGCCAUUUUUCUCUUGUGCAGCGUCAGAGUUUGUUGAGUUGUUUGUGGGUGUGGGAGCUUCUAGAGUUAGGGAUUUGUUUGAGAAGGCGAAGUCUAAAGCACCUUGUAUUGUGUUUAUUGAUGAGAUUGAUGCUGUGGGAAGGCAAAGAGGUGCAGGUCUUGGAGGUGGAAAUGAUGAGAGGGAGCAGACUAUUAAUCAGCUUUUGACUGAAAUGGAUGGGUUCUCUGGAAAUUCGGGUGUCAUUGUUUUGGCUGCAACUAACAGGCCUGAUGUUCUUGAUUCUGCCUUGUUGAGACCUGGAAGGUUUGAUCGACAAGUGACUGUGGAUAGGCCUGAUGUUGCUGGUAGAGUCAGGAUUCUUCAGGUGCAUUCUAGAGGAAAGGCCCUUGCCAAGGAUGUGGACUUUGAUAAGAUUGCCAGGAGAACACCAGGUUUCACCGGUGCAGAUUUGCAAAACUUGAUGAAUGAAGCAGCCAUCCUUGCAGCUAGGCGUGACCUAAAGGAAAUAAGUAAAGAUGAGAUAUCCGAUGCUCUAGAGAGGAUAAUUGCUGGCCCGGAGAAGAAAAAUGCUGUUGUCUCAGAUGAGAAGAAGAAGCUGGUAGCUUAUCAUGAGGCUGGCCAUGCCUUGGUUGGUGCACUUAUGCCCGAGUAUGAUCCUGUUGCCAAGAUAUCUAUAAUUCCUCGAGGCCAAGCCGGUGGUCUCACCUUCUUUGCCCCCAGCGAAGAAAGACUUGAGUCGGGCCUGUACAGCAGGAGCUAUCUAGAGAAUCAAAUGGCAGUUGCACUUGGUGGAAGAGUUGCUGAGGAGGUUAUUUUUGGACAAGACAACGUAACAACUGGAGCAUCUAACGAUUUCAUGCAAGUCUCACGAGUGGCAAGGCAGAUGGUUGAGAGAUUAGGAUUCAGCAAAAAGAUAGGCCAAGUUGCCAUUGGAGGAGGUGGUGGAAACCCGUUCCUAGGCCAACAGAUGUCAACCCAGAAAGACUACUCCAUGGCAACAGCCGAUGUGGUCGAUGCUGAAGUAAGGGAAUUGGUUGAAAAGGCGUACGAAAGAGCUACACAAAUCAUCACAACUCACAUCGACAUCCUACACAAGCUUGCUCAGCUGUUGAUAGAGAAAGAAACUGUUGAUGGUGAAGAGUUCAUGAGCCUUUUCAUUGAUGGCAAGGCUGAGCUAUACAUUUCUUGAUUUCACCAAUGUAUCUUCACCACUCUAUUGUAUUAACAAAUAUACAUACAAAUGU